AUGCCAUUCGGCGAAAUCGUCUGCGGUUCACCAGGAAGCGGCAAAUCAACCUACUGCUACGGCAAACACCAACUCUUCACCGCCCUCUCCAGACCCAUAUCCAUCGUCAACCUCGACCCCGCAAACGACAACAUACCCUACCCAUGCGCGAUCGACAUAUCCUCACUCAUCACACUCAAAGAUGUCAUGGAAGAACAUGGGCUAGGACCGAACGGGGGAAUGCUGUAUUGCAUGGAAUAUCUUGAUGAGAACUUUGAUUGGCUUGAGGAGAGGUUGAGGGAUCUUGGGGGGGAGGCGUAUGUCCUUUUUGAUUUACCUGGACAGGUGGAGUUGAGCACGAAUCAUGAGAGUGUUAAGAGGAUUGUGGAGAAGCUUGGAAAGUUGGGAUUUCGGUUGGCUGCUGUUCACUUGUGCGACGCGCAUUAUAUCACAGAUGCCUCAAAGUAUAUAUCAGUACUUCUACUAUCCCUCCGUGCAAUGCUACACCUCGAACUACCCCACAUCAACGUCUUAUCCAAAAUAGAUCUCAUAUCCCAAUACGGAGAACUCGAAUUCAACUUGGAUUUCUACACCGAAGUCCAAGACCUAUCCUACCUCCAAAACUCACUCUCCUCCUCCCUCCCACCCCGCUUCGCAGCACUAAACAUGGCAAUGAUAUCCCUAGUCGAAGACUACAGCCUCGUCGGAUUCGAAACGCUCGCAGUCGAGGACAAAAACUCAAUGAUCAACCUAACCCGCACCAUCGACCGCGCAACAGGCGCUGCGGGGGAGAUGAAGGGGGUACGAAGCGACGUUAGGGACGUCCAGGAACGGUGGCUUGAUGCGAAGGAGGAGUGGGAUGCGUUUGAGAGGAGGGAGUGGAGGAAGGAGGGGGAGGUGGCUGCCAGGGAACGUAAUGGGAUACGGGAGAGGAGGGGAGGGGAUGUUAGGAUGGAUGUUUGA